CGACCGCAGCCGCCGCGUGACCUUCAUCCGUGACGUCACGGCUCGACACGCACGUGCCGCUGCAUUCCACGCUGGGGCUACGGGAGCUGGGGGCGCCGCCGUUGCUGGCCCGGUCUCGGCCUCCGGACCUGCUCGACUCGCCCCUUGUGUGACGUUGCGGUCCGGCCGCCAUCUGGAAACAUCAUCAUCUUCCCCAUCACCAAGUUGGCCAUCGCUGGAAUCAGUGUCAGGUCGUGACUUCCAUGCCGACCACGACCUACUGACCGACGGCUCACGUUGGUCCUGCACCGCUGACCGGCCAGACAGCCCCCGUCCGACCUGACCCCAGGUGACUGGCGCUCGUCCGGUGGCUUGAGCCACGCGUCAACCCGCGCCGACGCCAUGGACGAGUCCUUCGCCAUGGACGAGCCACCGUCGGAAACGAACGGUUCAUCCAACAGCACAGUCGAGUACCAGGACAUCUGGCCGAUGGACAACCCGGAGGAAAUGCUGAUCCCGUGGAUCAUCAACCAGUACUUCAUCCCGGUGGUGAUCACGCACUCGGUCACCUUCCUGAUCGGCGUGGUCGGCAACCUGCUGGUGGUCUUCGUGAUGGCUGGCGACCGCAAGUCUCGCACGGCCACCAACCUGUUCCUGGUGAGCCUGUCGCUGGCCGACCUGCUGCUGCUGAUCGUGUGCGCUCCGCUGGAGACGCUCCACUACUUCGUCAUCCAGUGGGACGCGGGCGGCGCCGUCUGCAAGAUGGCCAAGUACGCCGAGAUCCUGUCGGCCGUGGCGUCCGUGCUCAACCUCACCGCCGUCUCUCUCGAGAGGUACAUAGUGAUCGUGUACCCGAUGAGGUCCCGCUCGCUCUGCACCAUGAGCAACUGCAAGAAGGCGGUGGUGGUGGUGUGGAGCGUGUCGCUGGUGCUCACGGCUCCCGUACUCAUCACCAAGGACAUCCAGCCGGAGAGAUUCGGCAACAACGUGACGCAGCUGACCAUCCACUACUGCCGCGACAAGGAGUCCAUGGGGCUCGGGUUCGCCGUGUACCAGUUUCUGGUCCUGUUCGCCGUGCCGGCGCUGCUCAUGAUCUUCUUCUACUCGCGAGUCAUCUCCGAGCUCUGGAAGUCGACGCGCACCAUGAAGCAAAUGACCGGCGCCAGAUCAUCACUUCUCAGCAAGUCCAACGGAAGAAAGGCGGCGGCGAGCUCCCCAGUACUCACCCCGAACAGUCACCGCGCUUUUAAGAAGACCCCACCGCCACAGAACAAAGGAGAAGACGUGAUGAAGGCGCGAAAACAGGUCGGUCUGGCGCUGGCGGAGAGGUUGUAG